CGUUCUCUUGCUUUGUGUGGUUAUGCUAGAUAUCAGUUUACAUUUUGUGGAUACCGAUAAAUCGACAUGAACGAGCACCGCCUACUUUCUGAAAAUACACCAAUCAGAACAAAGAAUGCAUCAGAAGCGAGUAGCAUCAAUUUGAUGUGAUAAUUCUCGGCAAAUUAUGCAGAAAAUGGAGAUUUGGAUGUACUAUUUAAUCAAACAUGAUCGCAAGUUUAUGACAUUAUCAUCCAAAGAGAAAAGAAAUCUACCAAAUUGACGAUUUGAAAUCAAGUACUAAGAAUUUAAGGAAAACUUUCUUCUGUGUUUCGGAUGGACUAGACGGUUACGAUCUUUCAUGAGUUUUUUGUGUAUGUUAGUAUAUUUAUUUGUGUGAGCCCGCCAGAUAGUAGUCUGAAUAUCGGUCAGUUUACUACAGGGAACGCAGAAUAAUAAACAAGAUGGAAACUGCAACAAACCUUGUGGAUAAUAAGGACAUUUCUACAAACCUUCAGGUGCUGCAAGACGUCGAAGGAAAAAUAAUUCCAAAAGCCGAACCCGAACCUUGCGACGAUGAUGUGUCAUCUGAUGACGAUGAAGACGAUUCUUCUGAGGAUACACCGACAACAACGACAACCGAGGAACCGAACCAAAAGGACACAAAAAAACCCGGGGUCGGUGUCAGGCGACAGGAAAAACCGCCAUAUUCUUACAUUGCCUUGAUUGUGAUGGCAAUACAAGCUACGCCCAACAAGCGCUGUACCCUCAGUGAAAUAUACAAUUUUCUACAGCAAAGGUUUCCAUUCUUCAGAGGCACUUACCAAGGGUGGAAAAAUUCAGUUCGUCAUAAUCUGUCUUUAAACGAAUGCUUCAUCAAAUUGCCAAAAGGGCUUGGAAGACCCGGAAAGGGCCAUUAUUGGACCAUCGAUCCCGCAGCUGAAUUUAUGUUCGAGGAAGGUUCAUUCCGGCGCCGCCCAAGAGGAUUCCGAAGAAAGUGUCAAGCUUUGAAACCUUUUGGAAUGAUUGGAAUGAAUGGGGUGAGUCCAGCUGGGACACCUAUGCUAGGACCCCAUUACGACUUCUUUCAAAACACUAACAUGAAUUCUAUGAACAUGCAGUGUGCAGUGAACUCAUCACAACCCUAUGACACUUCUGGAAUGAUGACGUCACAACCAACGGCACUUCACCCCUCUAGUUAUUCCACUGUCCAGCAAUACAAUCAAAACUGUAGUUUUAAUUUACCCGGAAGUGGACGAUUUGGGUCCAGUUGUGCCAUGUCUGGACUUGAGGGAGAUUAUGUUCAGGGUGGACCUUCCAGCAAUCUGCCUAUUUAUGACAGAGACCAUAACAUGCAGGGGCUUUCCAUGGCGUGGACGUCACAGCGUUUUUCUAAGCAGCAGCCACUCAGUCCAGCAGGCAGCACGGGUUCUGUUCCUAGUAUAUCUCCGUCCGGUUCCGGAGAACCAACACCAUAUGUCACCAACACAUUAACUACAUCAGAACCUAUGGAUUUAGCUCUUGCAGGUAUGCGGCUCCAAACACCUCACUACAGUCAAAACACGCCAUGCGACCGGAAGCCGUAUUUCGGACAUUAUGGAACAAAUGCUAUGAACUCUUUGCACCAUGCACCUUAUUAUACCGAGAAAUGUGUUAUGUGAUUUCUCCGUUUGAACUACGCAUACGACAGGUUUAUUUGCUCAGUAAAGACAAGGAAGUGAACUUUAUAAAAAAACAAAAACAAACCUAUUUGACAUUUUGAAUAAUAUUUGCUUAUAUUGUCCGUGUGUUUGUAAUUUAAUGUUGUAUGUGAAAAUAUUGUAUAUAGAUUAAGAAUGUGCAAGUUAUAGAGCGUAUGGACAUCUCAAAAUCAUUAUUAUUUUAUUAAUGGCUAUGCACAUAUAUAUAUAUAAGAUAUUGCGAGAAAUGUAUUAGUCUAUAUUUCUAUAUAAAAAUCAUCUGACAUCUU